UCAUUUUCCAAAGAUGCAAAAAUAAAAUUAUCAAAAACCCCAAGCUAGCACAAGUGACAUGGUUCUAAACCUCAAAGACUCCAUUUUUGUGAAUCAAGAAAAGAUGUUUACCCUCCAAAUUAACACCCCUUUUCUUCAAUUCUCAAAUCUUGCAACGUCCAACAAGUUCAGCAAAUUCAACACACUUUUGGGUGGACCCCAUUUUCAAGCAAGGCCAAACCUGUUGAUUGUCAAGUCAAUGAGUGGAAGUGAAAGAAUGAAGGGCAGUGAUUUGUUGUCAAAGAUUGAAGCAGUUGUUGAUGACCCAAAUGUUGAAGAGGAAUUGGAUGAGUUUUCACCAGAGGGGAGGUUCAGAUUGGGCGCUGAAGAGAUGGAUUAUGAUAGGAACCCUGAGUUUGCUGAGAUUAUUGGGAGUUGUCUUGAUGACCCUCAGAAAGCUCGUUCAAAAAUGGAGGAAAGACUGAGGAGGAAGAAGAACAAGAUAUUGCAUACUAAAACGGGCUCGCCAAUUCCUAUGAAAGUCGUCAUGAACAAAUUCGAAUUCUCCAACUCGUAUAUUUGGUUUGAGUUCUACAACACUCUCUUGGAGAAAGAUGUGUCCUUGAUUUGUGAUACGCUACGGUCAUGGCACAUUGUGGGACGUCUUGGUGGUUGCAAUUCCUUAAAUAUGCAAUUAUCACAAUCUCCUAUGGAUAAAAGGCCAGUUUACGAUGAUAUUCAGGGAGCAAAUGUUACACCAACAACAUUUUAUAACAUUGGGGAUUUAGAGAUUCAAGACAACAUCGCACGAAUAUGGGUGGAUAUUGGAACGGCUGAUGGAUUGUUGUUAGAUAUUUUGGUAAAUGCGCUGACCCAAUUAAGCUCAGACUUUGUUGGAAUUAAGCAAUUGGUUUUUGGCGGAACCGAGUUUGAGAACUGGAGGCAGAACCUGACAUCAGAAGAUGCCGGAUACAGCGUACACAAGAUUUAGGCAGUAUAUCUUGCCGAGACUCAACACUAUAUCUUGUUGUACAUGUUAUUUGCGACCUGCCUUGCCCUUUUUUAGAAGUAGAAAGGACUGCAUAAUUGGCAUUGGCAAAGUUUUGAUGAUAUAAGAGGGAGCAGAGCAUGAUGCAGAGAGAAGACAUUCUAGAGGAGUUGAUGGCACAACUGAGUUGUUUUGGCAUAGGUGUGCUGUAGAUAAUUUUUGCAUUGACAUUCGACACUGAUAUAGAAACUAUUUUGGCAACAAUUUAAUUGACACAUUCUUCUUUGCUUUUCAUUAAAAUGA